UCUCUACUUUCAGUUGCUUGAUUCCUAUUCCUUUCUACUAUGAUCUUUUCUUUGCUCAAUCUACAUGUGAGAGACGUACACUACUUCAGUUUUCGAUCGAGGUGAUGGUUUAAUAUUAUCCACAAGAAACUAUGCUACCUUUGAACCACAUAAUCUCUCAGAAUAAACCAAUAUGCUUAUCAGCUUAUGUAAGCUCUUGCAUCACCAGUAAGGCGCCAAUGUGGUGUCUCUCUAGUUUAAAUCUCACUAUUAUGUACAAGAAAGAGAAGCUAGCUUAUAUAGUAAAUGACUGUAUUUCAGCCUCUUUAUUCGUCUACCCCUAGUUGCAAGCCAUGGCUUCUCAAUCCCAGCCACUUCACUUUAUCUUGUUUCCUCUCAUGGCCCAAGGCCACAUGAUUCCUAUGAUAGACAUUGCCAAAUUGUUGGCACAAAGAGGUGUAUCUGUCACUGUAAUCACCACAACACAUAACGCAGCCCGUUUUGAAACAAGUUUAGCUCGUGCUGUUGAAUCUGGGCUCCAAAUCCAAGUAAUCCCGCUUCAAUUUCCAUGUGAAGAGGCAGGAAUACCAGAAGGGUGUGACAAUCUUGACAAGCUACCUUCACUAGAAUUGGGCACAAAGUUUUUCGGUUCAACUAGCAUGCUACAACAGCCAGUGGAAGAGUUAUUUGAGAAGCUGGCUCCUCGACCAAGCUGCAUAAUCGCAGACAUGACCUUGGCGUGGACAGCUGAUAUUGCUCUCAAGUUUCACAUUCCAAGGAUUUCUUUCAUCGGAAUAAGUUGCUUCACUCUCUUGUGCUGGCACAACUUAAGAGUUCACAAGGUUCUCGAGAGGAUAUCCUCCAAGUCAGAAUACAUAGUCGUUCCUGGCUUGCCUGACCAUGUUGAAGUUACUAAAUCCCAAUUAUCUUUUUCCAGAGAUUCAAGAAUGGAAGAACUUUGUGAGCAAAUGGUAGCAACUGACUUAGCCUCAUCAUAUGGGGUCAUUGUAAAUUCCUUUGAGGAGUUGGAGCCAGCAUAUGUCAAAGAAUAUAAGAAAGCAAGAGAAGAUAAAGUCUGGUGUAUUGGCCCUGUUUCACUUUGCAAUAAGGACCACUUAGAUAAGGCUGAGAGAGGUAACAAGGCCUCCAUUGAAGAGCAUCAAUGCAUGAAGUGGCUUGAUUCUCAGGAACCCUGCUCAGUAGUCUAUGUGUGCCUUGGAAGCCUGUGUAAUCUAAUACCUUCCCAAUUGGUAGAGCUAGGAUUGGGGUUAGAAGCAUCAAACAGACCAUUCAUUUGGGUUAUAAGGGAAGAAAAUAAGUCAGAAGAGUUGGAAAAGUGGAUUUUAGAAGAGAGGUUUGAAGAAAGGAUCAAAGGGAGAGGCCUUUUGAUUUGGGGUUGGGCUCCACAGUUGCUCAUAUUAUCACAUUCUUCAAUUGGAGGGUUCUUAACGCAUUGCGGUUGGAAUUCAACCAUAGAAGCAAUAUGUGCUGGGGUGCCAAUGCUUACUUGGCCUCUAUUUGGGGACCAGUUUCUCAAUGAGAAAUUAGUAGUACAUGUACUAAAAAUUGCUGUGAGUGUUGGGGUGGAGGAUCCUGUACAGUGGGGUGAGGAAGAGAAGAUUGGGGUGUUGGUGAAGAAAGAAGAUGUCAAGGGGGCGAUAGAUAGGCUAAUGGCUGAAGGAAAGGAAAGAGAAGAGAGGAGGAAACGAGCUAGAGAGCUUGGCGAGAUGGCAAAAAGUUCUGUUGAAGAUGGGGGAUCUUCUCAACUGAACUUGACAUUGCUAAUUCAAGAUAUUUGCAACAAUGGUGAAUCAGCCUAACACACUUCUAUGAGUCGUCACUGAGUUUUUUUUUUUUUUUUUUUUUUUUGUUCCCCUUCAUCUCAUAUCAAAGUGCAUAAGUUUUUGUCCUAUGGUUGUUUUUACAUCAUAGCUAGUACUUAUCCUCUUUUUCUUUUUUUUUUGGUUGUGUAGCUAGUAUUUAUCCAAGAUAUGAAAGAAGAUUCAUUAAGCAUGCA